CUUAUCUGCUAGUCAACCAACAAACGCGCAAGCUCGUUUUCGUCUGCAUGAAGAUCCGAGUUCUGUUUCGGAUUGUUUCUUGUUUCUGCAUUUCCAUAAUUAUUUACUCUUUCAAAUAAAUAUUAAUGAUUACAGAGUGCUGUAGUGUUCAAGUUUAACAAUAUAAUGUAAAUUAUCAAACUACGAAGCGGUUUUUACUGUUCAUACAUAAUCUCAAAGAAGGGGGAAAAAAGCUCAAAAAAUUAAUAAUCAAUAAUUUUGUCGUUUGCUGACUUCAAAUAUUUAUAAACUGAUAAAAGCCAGCUAUGAUUUCUAUAAAAGCAGGAUUUUUAUUUUAUUCUCUAUGCAUCCAUAUUUGCAUAGCACUGUCAACAGCUGUUAAAACUGAGUAUUCUGAGUGGAAAAAUCUUAAUAAUCCUGAUGAUUCCCCUGCUCAUACUUGGGACUUUGAGUUUGAUGAUAAACAAGUGCAGGAUACUACAGAGAGUGAUAAGUCAUUUUUGAAAGCUACAGAAAUUGUAACUGAAAAUGACCUCUGCAAAAAUUUGCAGUGCAAACCUCAUCAAGUAUGCUUGCUGGAGGAUGAUGAUGUGGCUGUAUGCAUUAGUAAAAGAAAGCUUAAUGCCAAAGAAAAUGCUAUGAAAUAUUCAGUUUCUAAAAAACCGAAAACAAAAGAACUUAAGACUGAAUCACUAUUUUGGGAGAAAGGUGAAAAAGAAGAUCCUGUUCCUAGUGAAAAUCCAAAUCCUUGCAUACCAUGUCCCGUUUUAAAACCGGACUUUGUUUGUGGUUCAGACAAUCAUACAUACUCUUCAGUCUGCCGAUUAGAAUUUCGUAACUGCAUGCAUAAAGUUUCUGUAAAAGUGAAUUGCAAAGGAUUUUGUCCUUGCAAAACUAUCAAGAAUGAUGUGGACAAAAGCAAAGAAUGGCAAAUGAAGGAUCGCUGGAAUCGUUACAUGAACAAAUAUCAAAAUACUGUCAAAAAACCAGCAGCUGUUCAGAAAGCUCUGAAAAAAAGCCACUCAAUCAACAAGAUUGUGAAGAAUCCUAACAUUCUAUCAAAUAAAGAUGUAACUACAAUUAGUACUGAUACCAUGCAAAAACCAUCAAAAGCAUUCCAAAGUAAUAAAAUAUCAACACCAAUUGUUGAAAAAAGCUGCAAUGAAAAUGAGUUGAAGGCUAUGGGAGAUCGAUUAUUGGACUGGUUUUCAGUUGUUAUGGCUGAUCAUCGUCGUGGACAGUCACGAAGAAGAUCUUUCCGACUAAGCCACACUCAACUGCCUGAUUGCAAACCUGAGGUUAGUUGGAUGUUCCAACAUUUGGAUACUGAUGGAGACUUGAAACUAUCUCUUCAAGAAUUGUAUGAUUUAGAAAAUGAUGACCAAGAGCACUGCCUCCGACCUUAUCUCCUAGAUUGUGAUGUUGAAAGAGACCUUGUUUUAAGUCCCUAUGAGUGGUGUUCUUGUUUUGACAAAUCUCAACGUCCUUGUGCUGCAGCGCUUCGUAGAAUUCCCCAAGGGCUGAUUGGUGGUUAUAAACCACUUUGUGAUAGUGAUGGCUACUAUUUGCCAACUCAAUGCCAUAAUGGAUCUGGAACUUGUUGGUGUGUUGACCGCCAUGGGGUGGAAUUCACCAAUACGCGAAGACGAGGACGACCUGAUUGUGAUGGUCUUUUAAAAAGAGGUCAAUAUCAUCGUGAGGACAACAAGACCAAAAAGCAAGAAGAUGAAAAAGUAGAGAAAGAAAUCUCCUCAUUUGUUGAAGGCCUUUUAAAGAAUGGGCAGCAGCAGCAUCGGGAUGAAAACCAAGAUAAUGAUCAGGAGGAUGAUAGUGAAGAGGAAGGCUCUGCUGACCGACCAUUAGAUUUUUAAGUUAUACAAGUUCAGCUCUGUAUGGAGGGUAUUGUUACAUAGUCUAAAGUUUGACACUAUUCAUUUGUCUUUUGCACCAAUAAUAACAUGUUGAUUUUGCUUUGAUCAUAGUAGCAUAGCUGCCAUUUUAUCCUUGAAUUUAUGAUGUGCAAUGAUCUUACAUAAAUCAAAAAAAAUUUAUAUUGCUGUUUUGCUUAGAAUUUUAAUUUGGAGUAAUUAAAUUGUUUAUAUUCAGACUAAAAGAUUUUUAGUUGUGUAAUAACAGUUUAGUUUAAUACUUUGUGAAGGUAGGCUAAUUAUUUCUUGGUGGGUUGUAAUUUUCUUUGUAAACCUUAACAUUAUAGAGCAAAAUUAGGAUAUUUUGUUUCCGGACAAUGGCCAGAUGUAGCAUUUUUAACAUUGACCACAUUUUAAAACAUGUGGCCACUUUUUGAAAGUUUAAAAUUUUAAAGGUUUAUAAAAACCGGUGAGAUUAAUAAUGUAAGGCUUUUCUUUGGGAGCAUUUCUGAAAAUAUGGCAAACAUUACAAGGCUCAUUUCAAAAUUUAAGAAACAAGCUGGAAAUGAAGUAAUUUUUAAAUUAUAAAAUUUUCACACUAAUUUCAUAUUUAUCUAAAAAUAAUAAAAUGAACCUACAUGGGGUGAAUUUUCUACCAAAAAAAUAGCGAUCAUGUAGUGUCAACAAUUUUUUUAAUUAUCAUUUGUUAUAUUUAGUUACUUUGUGACUGCUGACAACUAUUAAUUUUGCUCUAUACUUGGCAUUAUAUGUUUUGAAUUUAAUAUGUGUUAUCUACUGCUCAAUUGUAGCUUAUUAUUAUCAAACUAUUUGACGAUUACGUUUAAAAUUUAUUUAUUUUAAGGGAACUUUAUCAUGCAAGUUAUCUUGGAUGUUUACCACCAAUAAAUUAGUAAAUUAUUAAAAUGCUGCACUUGUUCUUGUUAAAAAUAAAUCAAAUUCGUUAACAUUGAAUUUUAAUAUAAUGUAAUUUAUUAAUGUUAUCAAAUCAAUGUAAUAAAUUUUCUGUUAGAUCUAUUUUUAAUACAUUAUAUUUCAGACAUUGCAUGCAAUUUUAUCAUUAAACUGUUCACUUUUUAAUGUUUGGCAGCUAUGCUGUAGAAUGAAGCUGCAAUGCUUCAAAGUACACAUAUCUUUAAUGUUUCCAAUACAUGUAUUUGCUUUGUUGUUUGCUUGGAACAAUUUUUAAUGUUUUUAAUAUGACAUGCAUUGAUAAGCUAAUAUAAAUGCCACAACGUUCCUCUGUGUGGGAGCUGAUCUGUGUUAUUGAUGAGUACUGAAAGUUAUUUAAGUUAGAUUUACACUGUGCAAAUAGAUCUCAUAUUUGUCUUUCCAGGAAUUUUGUAAUGGCACAUUAGCUGUGUGAUGUUUAGUAUGCAUUUAACUGUUUUUAUUGUAUACAUGCGCGUGUUUGGCAGUUUCUUUCUCGAGUGUGUAUGUAAAAUCAGCCAUAUGUAUCCAGUAUCUAAAUAUUUUGCUGUCGGUUACGUGUAUGUACACAAGCUACAGCUUUGUAAUAUCUAUUUUUGCCAAGGAUGUCUCUAAAUUUUUAAUUUUCAAUAUUUGUAAUCACAAAUUUGAUUUUAAGAUUAUAUACUUAGUGCCAAACAUUUGCAAGUAUUAGAAAAAUAUGUUUUUUGAUAAUAAUACUGUAUUGUCCCUUUUUGUGAUUGCAAAUUAGUCUUACAAAAUUAGAUAUUAGGAUUAAUUCGAAAGGGAAUGAGUAGAGUUCGAACUGCAAGUAAUAUGCUGUUUGGAAACAGUCCACAUUCUAAAUUCGUAUAUGUUUAUUAGUACUACUCAUAUAAGAGCUAAUGGUUAAAUAUAUACAAAAACAUUAAAGAUAAGGAUAAUACAAGUAUUACAUCUGUAGUUUGCUGCUUGAUUUGAUAGUAAUACACUUAUAUACUAGAAAAAAUAUAAAAUGUUGGUGUUCAUGUUAUUAUUAAGUUUUAAAAUACACUUUAAAUGUGUGUUUUUUUAUUUCAAAUGUGAAACAUUUUUUAAUUGAAAAUGAAUAAACAUUCCCUUUUAAUUUGGCAGUUUCAUCAAAGAUUUUAUUUCGUAUAAUAUGAACUAUUUUUUAAAAAAAUUUUUAAUUAUUCUCAAAAUUACGUGAAAUAAAUUAUAACAUAUCAUUUUUAAUUGUUAUCUAAAGCAAAGAUUUUAUGUAAUUUAUAUUUUGUUGCAUUUCAAUGAUUUAAAAUAUUUUUAUUUGUCAUUUUAUCUUAAUGUUUUUAAAUGUUAUUUAAGUGCUUUUUAAAAAAAAAAAUAGUGUUUACUAGUGUUUUUUUAAAGUUAGUUAUAGUUACUAUUACUAAAAUUUGAGAUUACUAUCAUUUCAUUUAUCAAAAGCUUUUCCUUAGUCAUUGAUUUCACCUUUUAUUUUGUACAAAUUGGCUCAUAUAUAUUCAGUAUUAUGCAAUGUAGGUAUCACAUUGAUUGGCCAAAUUACGCAUUUUUUAAAUGUUUUCAAAAUUUAUACCCAUUACUAUAUUUAAAUGUGUCAAACAUUAAAUAAGUAUUCAUUCUAUAUACUUGAUUAGUAGAAAUCUUCGCUAAACAGCAUGAUUUCUAUUAUUUGUUUGUUUCCUCAUAUUGUUCAAAUUUCGUGACAUUAGGCAGUGUUGUAUAGUAAGAUACUAAUAAAACAAUUUACUAAACAAUAUUGGCUAUUUGACUUACAUUGUUUUUCAGGGUGGUUUACUUUUGGAAAACCUACCUCGUUUUGUUUUGCUUAAUGUUUAUUUUGUUUAUAAGACAUCAGCAUAUUUUACUUUUAUUGCAUUCUUGAAUAUUUUGCUUGAUGAUUACUCAGCAGAUUUUAUGUACGAUUUAUAACUCUUAUUGCUUACCAAGAUUCAUAACUCUUAUUGUACUUAUCCGUUUUGGUAGGCAGUAAAAAAGUCGCCAAACUAUUAUUGACAUCAAUCAUGCUUAAUUAGUUGUGGUAAUUGCUACCACUGAUAUUUUGGUAAUUGAUACUUAAUAUUAAAAUGUAGGUACAAUAGUAGUGUGUUUUUAAUGCCUUUCCAAAACGGAUUAGUACCCUCUUAUUUUCCAUCAUCCCCUUCAGUUCAUUUUCUUUCUUUGGCAGUCUCAUUAGAUGUAAAUCUUGUUGUGUUUUUUUUUUAAAAAUAUUGAUGCUAUUCUAGUCAUUUUUUUUUAGAUAAAUGUUUGUUGUUUUAGUUAUUAAGUGUAUUUUAUGUAUCAGAAUUUAACAACAAAAUCAAAGUCUUCCAUUUGAGUUUGGUUUGUUCACAUUAUUUGAACUUAAAAUUUCUUCUACUUUUAUGUUGUAAAAAUUUUAUGCUGGUGUUUAAUGUUCUAAUUGUGUGUUUACUCUAUACUUGUAUCUAUAAAUUUUAUGUUUAACUAUGUAAGUGUCGAAAUAUAUCUAUAUAUAUUAUUAUUCAUCAAGAAAUAACUGCUAAUAAUCUGCAUUGCUGCCAUAAUUUUUUAAUUAUUAAUGAAUGCUCAUAAUAUCAGAAGGAAGAAUUUUUUCCUUUAAGAUUAUGCCUCUGUAAUAUGGCUGAAAAUCUACUUAAUUUUGACAUUUUUUAGUUAUUAUACUGUUGUUUUUCUGAAAAUAAGGGAUUUUUGUUUCAACAGUUUUGAUUGGUACAUGUGAUUUAAUAUUAAUCAUUUAAAAACUGUGCACCAUUAAAUUUACAAGCUUUCAGUAAUAAAACAGCUUUACAAAACUUUUUUUAUAUAUAUAUACAUUUAGAUAUCCUUUAUUUUAGCAUUUUAUAUUAUAUUUUUGUUAUAUUAUUAUUUAUUUUUGCAUUUCUGUUUGGAAACCUCUUUUUGUUUUUUCUUAGAAUCUUUAUUUAACCCAUAAUGGUAAAGAAAUCAGCUUAUUUUAAAAACGAUUACUUUAUUUUUGAUCUUAAUUAUUGAAAAAUAUUGAUUGCAUUUGAAAUGAUGCAGUCAUUGAUAUAAUUAAACAAAAAAUCCAUAUAACUCUAAACUUAUUCAUUUAUUAUAAAUAUAUUAUCACUUAAAUCGAAUAAUUUUCUUUGUGAAACUAUUUUUAUUAUUUUUUUACUUUAGUUUUUAUUAUUUUAGUUUGCAUAUUAUUGUUAUUAAUAAAGUCAUCUUUUCUGAUAGAAUAAAACAACAAAAUAAAAACGUUUCAUGAUGAUUUUUUUAAUUUGUUUUCUUACAAAUAUAUAACAUUUCAUUUACCUUGACCAAACUUUGUAUAAGCUACUUGUGUUGACCCUUUAUUCCCCUUUUCAUAUUACUUUUUUUAUGAUAAAGAGUUAUCUAAAACUUAUUAAGUUGAUGUUGACUUUAUUAUUCCCUAAUUUGAUACUUUAUCUAACCAAUGAAAUUACAUUAUCAUUAAACUCAAAAUUAUUGUGCAACUGCUUAAUAUCUGUGUUUUUGAAAAGCCAUAAUUCUUUAAUUGUUUUUUUAUUUGUGUUAAUAAAAUUAUCUCUUGAUUUUUCUUAUAUUUUAACUUAUUCACUUUUUUAACUAUUGUUUAAUGCUUGCUUUAAUUAUUGCUGUUAUUAUUGUCAAAUAUUUUGGUUUCUCUGCCCAUUAAAAUUAAACUUUAAAAAAUUUAAAGCAAACAUUACUAUAUGCACCAUUAUUAUAUUAUGUGUAGCUAUAUUAUUAUGUUCUAUUUUCUCCUUAUAUUUAAGAAAUUUUUUUGAAUAUUCUAAAAAAAAUAACAAUUAUGUAGAAAAAUAUGUACCAAAAUCAAUCAAGAAUUUUAUGACUUGUUCACUAGACUUGUUAAAGUUUUUUGUACUAGCUAAUGUGUAAUUGUGUAGAAGAAAAUUAAAGCAAAGUACAAUUGUUGCUGAGAACUGUCCAUUGACUCUAAAUAAAAAAUUUACAAAAAAACCUUA